UAAAAGAAAAAUAAAAUGUGUAAAAAUUCAAAGAUAAAUAAUAAUUUUCAGAGCCAGUAUAUAAGGAUACAGAUACCGCCUUCUUGCUUAGCUGAGUUUUGGUCUUCUCUGAUAACAAGUUUCUACUUUGAACACUUCAUAUUCACAACUAUAAGGUUGAAGUAACCAAAGAAAAAUGGUGAAGCUAUGUGGAAUAGGGGCAGGGUAUGUAGGGGGUCCUACAAUGGCAGUUAUUGCUCUAAAAUGCCCCUCAAUUGAAGUGGCUGUGGUUGACAUAUCUCAAUCUCGCAUAUCAGCAUGGAACAGUGACAAACUCCCAAUCUAUGAGCCUGGCCUAGAAAAUGUGGUGAAACAAUGCAGAGGGAAAAAUCUCAUCUUCAGCACAGAUGUGGAGAGGCAUGUCCAAGAAGCUGACAUCAUCUUUGUCUCGGUGAACACGCCGACAAAGGCAAGAGGCCUUGGAGCCGGCAAGGCAGCUGACUUGACUUAUUGGGAGAGCGCAGCCCGGAUGAUCGCCGAUGUGUGCACCUCAGACAAGAUUGUUGUUGAAAAAUCUACUGUCCCGGUGCGCACGGCCGAGGCAAUAGAACAAAUCUUAGCACAUAAGAGCAAGGGAAUCAAGUAUCAGAUUCUGUCGAAUCCAGAGUUUCUUUCAGAGGGGACAGCUGUACAGGACCUUCUAGAACCUGACAGGGUCCUAAUUGGAGGGAAUGAAGGCCCUGAAGGCCAAGAAGCAAUCAAGAAACUGAAGGAUAUAUAUGCUCAUUGGGUGAGUGAAGACAAAAUCAUAACAACAAACAUUUGGUCUGCAGAACUUUCCAAGUUAGCUGAUAAUGCAUUCUUGGCUCAAAGGAUCUCAUCAAUCAAUGCAAUGUCAGCACUGUGUGAGGCCACUGGUGCUCAAGUCUCUCAGGUUUCCCUUGCACUAAGCAAGAACCCGAAAAUCGGGCCGAGAUUCCUGAAUGCCAGUGUUGGCUUUGGUGGUUCUUGUUUCCAGAAGGACAUACUCAAUUUGGUGUAUAUUUGUGAAUGUAAUGGCCUUGUCGAGGUGGCGAAUUACUGGAAGCAAGUGAUCAAGGUGAAUGACUACCAGAAGAGCCGAUUCGUCCAACGAGUCGUGUCAUCCAUGUUCAACACAGUUUCUGGUAAGAAGAUUGCAGUUCUUGGAUUUGCAUUCAAGAAGGACACCAGUGACACUAGAAAAACUCCUGCUAUUGAUGUUUGCAAAGGUCUUUUAGGUGAUGAUGCAUGCUUGAGCAUAUAUGAUCCGCGAGUGAGCGCGGAUCAGAUCAAGAAGGAUUUGUCAAUGAAUAAUGUUCAAUGGGACCAUCCAAUUCACCUCCAGCCAUUGAGUUCUAGCUCUUCCAAUGGCUUGGAACAUGUUGACAUAGCUGAAGAUGUUUAUGAGGCAACUAAGGAUGCUCAUGGUAUAUGCAUUCUUACAGAGUGGGAUGAGUUUAAGGGAAUUGAUUUCCAGAGAGUGUUUGAUGACAUGCAGAAGCCAGCAUUUGUUUUUGAUGGUAGGAACAUUUUGGAUGUUGGGAAGCUGAGGGAGAUUGGAUUCAUUGUUUACUCAAUUGGGAGCCCAGUAGAACAGUGGCUCAACAACACUGUCAAUUCAGCAGUGCCCUUUUGAUUUGCUUUCGUGCAUUUUAUCACUAUAAUAUAUAAUAAGGCAGAUGUUGAAUACAACAAGAGAGUUUUAUCCUACUAUAUCAUCUACAUAGAUUAGACGACACUAUUCUGCCAUUUUGGUAGUGUGUUAUUAGACUUGAGGUUUCUACAUCCUUUUGGUUUUUAGAACAGUCGGCUUGUACUUAGUAGUUAAACAAAUUGCAAGAAUAAUUAGAGAAAUGAGAUGGGGAGUGGUUUUCAGUAUGCCAAA